UGCCGCCCUUGCCGAGCCAGACGUGCAGGAGGAUGUGCAAGUUCAUACUUCAAGCGGUUUUAGCAGCCAGCGUGUGUUCACUCAUCUAUUCCAAUGAUGCCAACACACACAGAUUGAAGAAAGGACAUGUUAAAGGUUCUAUGCCAUGGCCACUGAACACAUUCGCACUUGCUGCCAAACACGUAUGUUGGACCGAGGAAUGCAAGGAAACAGCCGAAACACUGAUCGCGAGCAUGGAUCGAAGUGUUGACCCGUGCGAGGACUUCUACACUUUCACGUGUGGCGGUUGGGUGAAGAAACACCCGGUGCCGCCAACCGCCCCCCAUCGCAAUCAGUUCGACCUCGUGACCGAACAGUUGGAUUACCAGCUUAAAGAUAUUCUCGAGGAAGAUGACGAUGACACUGAACUAGAGCCGGUGAAGGCAGCCAAACAAAUGUACAAAGCGUGCAUGGACACUGACUACGUCGAGCAGGAAGGGGUGAAGCUGGUUUGCGGCCUGCUGGGGCAGCACGGCGGGUGGCCCAUGGCCCAGGAGCACUGGGACGAGGCGGGCUUCGACUGGCAGCGGGUGGUGGCGUCCAUGGCCCGCCGGCUGGGCCUCUUCCCCCUGCUCCUGCUGUACGUGCACUACGACCGCACCAACACCAGCCAGAACGUCAUCACAGUGGAUCAGCCGUCCUUGGUCCUGCCCCGCUCGAUGCUGGUGGACCCCGUCACGUACGGGACUCAGCUGCGGGCGUACCGCCGGUGGAUCGUCGACGCCGCGACUGAGAUAGUCAGCGCUCGACAGCAGAACGUGCCCAAGUCCAGGAUCAGCAUCGAUGCAUUCGACGUUGUGGAGUUUGAGGUCAAAUUAGCAAAGCUGACAUCGUUUGAUGAAAUGCGCAGAAACGUGUACAGAAUGCAUAACCCAAUGACUCUGCGAGAUCUACAGAAAUGGACAGAUUCGGCUGAUACCCAAGUGAAGGUGGAGUGGAAAGAGUUGCUGGAGGACUUGUUCCAAGACACAAAUGCCACAAUCACACAGAACGAGAAAAUAGAAGUUAGAGAAUUGGAUUUUAUGUUCAAUUUUAUGAAACUUAUUAAUGAAACACCAAAACGAGUUCUGGCAAACUACUUAAACUGGAGGCUGGUAAAGAAACUGUCCAGAGAUAACUCACAGAAAAUGAGGGACUUAGCGUUCCGGUUCGAGCAAGUGAUCAGCGGGACAUUGGAGGAUCUUCCUAGGUGGCAAGAUUGUGUUAUGGUGACCUCUAGCUCUCUGAACUUUGCUGUGGGCUACAUGUAUGUUAAGCGCUAUUUUAAUAAUGAAGCUAAAAUGCAGGCUUUGGAAAUGGUGGAGAACAUUCGGAACGCCUUUGCCGUCGAAGUGUCGGUGGUUGAUUGGAUGGACGAGAGAACGCGACGCAUAGCCCAAGAGAAAGCAGCUUUCAUGGAACCCCUGAUUGGCUUUCCCGACUGGUUCAACAACAGCACAGCUUUCCAGGCGUAUCACUCUGGGGUUUCUAUUGGAAAGAGCCACUUGCAGAAUAUUGUUAACAUGGAACAGUUUACUAUGAAGAAAAUCUUCUCGAAACUUCAUCAGACUGGGGACAGAAACGAAUGGGCGUCUGGACCGAGUGUUGUGAAUGCGUUCUACAUUCCACAGACCAAUUCCAUAAUGUUCCCAGCAGCGAUUCUGCAGCCGCCUUUCUUCAAGCAUGGAAGACCCCAGGCUUUAAAUUACGGGAGCAUCGGAGUCGUCAUCGGUCACGAAAUUACUCACGGCUUUGACGACAUGGGUCGGCACACGGACAAGUACGGGAACCUGAAGGACUGGUGGUCGGACUCCACGGCAGACACCUACCAGCAGAAGGCCGACUGCUUCGUGAAGCAGUACAGCAGCUACAGAGUCCCGGAGCUCGACUCCAUACUGCACACCAACGUCACAAUGAAUGGGGUGACAACGCUGGGUGAAAACAUGGCCGACCUGGGUGGCUUGAGGCAGGCUUUCCGGGCGUACCAGCAGCUGGUCCAGGACCAUGGACCGGAACUUCGGCUGCCGAAACUGGAGGAGUUCUCGCCGGAACAACUGUUUUUCAUUGGUUUUGGGAUGGUGUGGUGCGAAGCCUACACCAAGGAGUCGCUCCUGCAGGAGGUGCUGUCUGACCCCCACAGCCCCCACCGCAUGCGGGUCCAAGGGACGCUCGCCAACUCCGCGGAGUUCUCCCGCGUGUGGAACUGCCCCAAGAACUCUGCCAUGAACCCGCAGAACAAGUGCCUCAUGUGGUAGGCGCCGAGUACGGCUAUGUUCACAUCACUGGCAAUAACAGUACGCUUAUCAACUUAUUUAUUCACGCAACACCUUACCAAUGGUAUGUGUAUGUACUUAUGUAAACCCAUUUUUUAUCAAUUAAAAAUAUUUGCAGGUAUAA